UUACAUAUCUCUAGUGUCAAGUAGUUCCGAUUUUCGGCUAUAUAUAUCGCCAUGAGCAGAGUAAGGCUAAACCCUUACAUAUAACUGUUCUAAUUAAUCGCCUCGUUCUCUUCCUUGUAUGAGCUUAUAUAUAUAUAUACACACACACACACAUAACCACACUUUUCUUUUUUUCUUUCUUUCUGUUUCCAUAUAUCUUCAUUUAUUUUUAUAUAUAAUUCAAAAUCAUUUUACGUACGUACGUACGGAACAUAUGGUACACUCCGAGGAAGAUGGAGAAGAGGUUGUAGUGAUUCGGAGCUACGACCAUUGUACGGACCGAGCUCGAGUUGAACGUCUUGAGAGAAGCUGUGAGAUCGGACACAACGACAGGAUCUUUCUCUUCACCGAUACCUUGGGCGAUCCCAUCUGCAGAAUCCGAAACAGUCUCCUCCACAAUAUGUUGGUGGCAGAGGUCGGGAACGAGCUAGUGGGUUCCGUACAAGGCACGAUAAAGCUAGUGACGGUCCACGACAACUUGGUCAAGGCAGGUUACGUGCUCGGUCUGAGGGUUGCGCCGCCGCACCGCCGCCGUGGCAUAGGGUUAGUCCUGGUCAGGAAGCUGGAGGAGUGGUUCGCCGCACAUGGCGUGGACUACGCCUACAUGGCCACUCAGAAAGACAACGAUGCUUCCCUCCGCCUCUUCGUCGGAAAACUCGGCUACGACUCGUUCUUAUCGCCCGCGAUCUUGGUCAACCCGGUCAACCGCCGUCUCAGAUUGCCUUCCGGCAUCGCCAUUCGCAAACUAAAGGUGGAAGAGGCCGAGUUGCGGUACAGAAGACACGUGGCGGAGACGGCGGAAUUUUUCCCCGACGACAUAGACAGAAUCCUGAGGAACAAGUUAAGUCUCGGGACAUGGGUUGCUUAUUACAACAAAAGAGAUGAUUACAAUGUCGGAAACUGGGCAAUGCUCAGUGUUUGGAACAGCGGAGAGGUGUUUAAGCUGAGGAUCGGCAAAGCUCCUCUGGGUUGUUUGGUUCUCACGAAAGGCUCCAACCUCAUCGGAAAAUAUCUUUCGUGCGUGGGUUUAACGGCGUUACCCGAUCUGUUCACUCCGUUCGGGUUCUAUUUCGUGUACGGAGUUCAUACGGAGGGUCAGUUCCCGAUGUGUGGGAGAUUAGUUAGGGCUUUGAGUGAGCACGUUAAUAAUAUGGCGGCGCGUGACAGCGAGUGUAAGGUUAUCGUGACGGAGAUCGGAGGAAAGGGAGGAGAUGAUUUGAGAAGAUACAUCCCACAUUGGAAAUUGUUGUCUUGUGAUGAUGAUUUAUGGUGCAUAAAACCUAUGAAACUCGAUGUCGAGUUGGCGAGUUCGACUCGGUCACGGUCUCUGUUCGUCGAUCCACGUGAAGUGUAGUAAGAUCGUUACGGCUAGCACCAUAUUGUGGUACUUUAUUAUAUGUAAAUUUGAGAAUUAUUUAAACUUUCCAUAACCAAAAACAACAUGGUGAAUCAUACACUCUCAUCAAUCCAACCCUUUAUAAUUGAAGACAAACACAUAGAAUAUAUAUUGGUUUGAUCCAUAUUGUAAUUAAUCUCAUGACUCAUAUGUAUUGUUUGGCUAUGAUUUUCGAAUUUCAAUAUUGUGGGAUCUAUACAUUAUGGCCA